AUGGCAGCUCCCCGUGAACAAUGUGCACACGAAGCCUUGCAACUAGAGCCUUCAACCUUCGCUGAAAAAGCCGGAUUCGAACGAUCCAAUGUCCACCGAAGGAUAGCGGCAACUACAAAAUCUGGAAAGAGACUGGCCUCUGCGCAGGUUUCCAAUGUUGCAUUGCCCUCCACUUUCCCUGGACCUUUGGUAUUGCCUAACGAUGAUUUGGCUUUGGAUCCUAAAUGGCCUCCACAAAGUUUCAGAUCCUGGCUGCUUGAGAAACAGCGCAACAAGCCUACAAGCCAGCGACAGACGUUCUACAUUGCUGCCGUCCCUGAGAUUCCAGCUAAUAUGGCUUUCAUGAAAGAAUGGGUCAGGCCAAACAACGUUUUGAAGGGAUCAAGAAAGCCAAAGGCAUCUUCAGUGGGGGAUUUUGCCUCACCUGAAAUUGGAAACUUUGUCGACUACUUGGGCGCUUUUUACCGCGGUAUUUCUGUGAAACGCUUCCCUGGACGCCUCCGCUUCGUACCAUGGGAAGAGAAGAAAUACACGAAGUCCAGCGGCACCCCAAAGGAUGUCGGGCUAGCCUAUGGCGAUGAAAGCGUCCGCAUCCGUGUCCGACCUUCACCUGACGGAGUAUUCAAUGUGCAAUUGAAUCUCAACGACAUACUUGAUGCGGCUCUGCAAAUCCUACCUGAAGAUGCGUACUCCAUCAUGAUUCUAACGGAUCAUGAUAUAUACGAGGACGAGGACGAUGACUACUGUUGCGGACGAGCGUAUGGAGGAAGUCGCAUCGCAGUAGUAUCAACCGCUAGAUAUCAUCCGAGCCUCGACAAGAGUGCGGGAAUUGACCAUGCGCAUAUGUGGCCAGCUUCUCAUUGCAAGAAAUAUGUAGACGGACUGUGUGCUGCAGACGCACUCGAGAAACCCAAGGCAAAGAAAACCAAAAUUGUGGAAACUCCUGACUUUGAGGCUACCCUUUCUGCUUCUCCAAUACGCGAAGCUAUUGACUCCGCUGCAGCGGUUCUCCCACCUUUGUCAAAAGAGGAGUUUGUAGCCCUCUGGUUCUCACGUCUCGCCCGAACAGUUGCUCAUGAGCUCGGCCACUGUCUUGGGAUGGACCACUGCGUCUACUAUGCGUGCAACAUGCAAGGAACGGCUGGGAUGGCGGAAGAUAUACGACAGCCGCCAUAUUUGUGUCCCGUUUGUCUAAGCAAAGUCUCGUACGCGAAGCGGAAAUAUAUGAGGCAGAGAUAUGAAGAUCUCAUUAAAUAUUGUGAUACAUUGAAAAAUGUUGGAUUGUUUGCAGGAUAUGGAGCUUGGCUUAACAUGAGGCUUAAGCAGAUGGAACAGGAGUAG